AUGACUGCAGCGCUAAGAAAUGAACUGUACAAAAAUGUAAUUGUGGAUUUGGACAAUUUUUGGACGGAGCUUUUCCUGGGUAAAGAUUGGUCCAAUCAAACAUGGAAUAUUUGGCAAAGCUAUGAAGCAUAUGAAUUAAAAGAAAUAAAGAUCCGGCAAGAAGAUGAGAUCAUGAGACGGAAAAUGGAUGCACUUAAAAUCCAGAAAGAAGCUGAGACGGAGUCACAAAGAGAAACCAUGAACGAUAAGCAGAGGACAAAAAAAGAGGACGAGGAAUCGGCAAACUUGGCAGAAAACGAAUCGCUCGAAAGUUUUCAAAACAUCGGGAAUACAAAUAACAAUGAUAGCCAGAACCAAAUCAACCCGACAGUGGCCGAACCUGUGGUAAUCCAGAAAAUAGUCUAUACUAACAAGAUUCUGACUGAAGACAUGACUGAAGAUGAAAUGUGGGAUUGGCUAGGUUUUUUUCGUAAGAAUUUUUUGAAUCAGCUCACAGAUCAAUUCAACACAUCAUCAGAAAAGUUUCCGUCAAUCAUCAAAGAAGCAGAGGGCUCCCAGUUGCGCUGCAAUUAUUUUCGCUCCUCAGACGAAUGUCGGAUGAGGGGUACUGACCACGGUUACCAGGUUGACUUCCUCACAAAGAGAAUCAGGUCUUCUAAUGCUCAUAGACAUAUGUGGCACAGUGACGACAUCGGGAGUAAUUAUCGGGCAAAGAAAUUCAGUAUUUGGGACUUUCAACUAAGAAUUCUCGAUAACUUCUCCGCCAACUUCUUAGGCUUGAAGGCUUUAGCAUCUGAACUCCGAGAAAUACUUUUUGGGGAAAACGGCAAAGAGUACGGUACCCCUGAUGAGCAUGAACCGGAAUAUGAGAAGAUUAUUAAGGCAUUCAACAAUACCAUUGAAGAUCUAAGAGGUAAGAUCCAUCCAUAA